CUAAAAAUAUUUGCUUUAGUUUUGUAAUUUCUUGAGAAAAAGAUUCUGAUUUUCUCUUCUUAACAUUAAUGAAAAUUUUACUCAAUUAGGGUUUCAUUUCAUUCACCUUGUUGUCCCUUAUCAUCUGCCUGUGCCUCCUCUUUUUGUUGUUGUUUCUCUACGUGUGCAGUUGAUUCAUAUUUUUGUAUGAAUUACCGUUUGUCUUUUCUUCAUUGUUCUUCAGAUGAGUUGUUUUUCUUGCAUAAUUUCUCCUUCUGAUAAAAGGGACAUUGGUAAGAUACAGGACAAUUCACGGCUUCGGAGAUCAAAUAGUUCUCGCCAUUCCACCAGUAAUUCUUCAGAAAGCGGGCAAGGUAGAUUAUCUUUAGACAGUAAUGAAAUUGUUAAGAGAAGAGCCACCUUCAAUGGGAGAGACAAGGAACGGAGCAUUCCAAGUGGCACUACUGCACGUAGCUUUACAUUCCGCGAACUUGUUUCUGCAACCAAAAAUUUUAAGAUCACUCAUUUGAUAGGUGAAGGUGGUUUUGGAAAGGUUUACAAAGGAUGCAUUGAAACCGGCGAGAUUGUCGCUGUCAAACAACUUGCUAAGAACAGCCUUCAGGGGAACCAGGAAUUUAUCGUUGAGGUUCUGAUGCUAAGUCUUCUACACCAUCCCAAUCUCGUAAAUUUGAUAGGCUAUUGCACUGAUGGAGAUCAAAGGCUCUUGGUUUAUGAAUACAUGGCAAUGGGGAGUCUACAAGAUCAUUUGUUCGAUUUAAGCUCUGACGAGGAUGCAUUAGACUAGAACACACGAAUGAAGAUCGCUGUAGGAGCUGCUCGGGGACUAGAACAUCUGCAUUGCACAGCAAACCCUCCUGUUAUCUACCGCGAUUUGAAAUCAGCAAACAUACUGUUGGAUAAUGACUUCAAUCCUAAGCUCUCUGAUUUUGGUCUUGCAAAAUUAGGCCCAGUUGGUGACAAGACUCAUGUUUCAACAAGAGUAAUGGGAACAUAUGGUUAUUGCCCCCCAGAGUAUGCAAUGAGUGGUAAGCUGACGCUAAAAUCUGACAUCUAUUGUUUCGGUGUGGUCCUGUUAGAGCUGCUCACUGGGAGGAAGGCACUCGACUUCAGUAGGGUGCGUGAAGAGCAGAUGCUAGUUACUUGGGCUCGUCCAUAUCUUACGGAUAGGAAGAAGUAUAUACAUUUGGCUGACCCGUUAUUGAAAGGUCAAUUUCCUCUACGAAGUUUUCACCAUGCAGCCUACAUCACUUCAAUGUGUCUCCAACAGCAACCAAAUUUCCGACCUAUGGUACGGGAUAUUGUUGUAGCACUUGAAUAUUUAGCUUCUCAACCAUACAAAGCCGAAACUUCAGAUACAGAGGUACCUCGUACAACACCACCAGCUUCACCUUUCCGGAAGAAAAAGGGUAACUCUCUAUCCCGAGAACCAAAUGGUACAAAGAGUUCUAUAUCCAUCUGAGACAUUUAUAUGAUAAUGAGAAUGUCCGUUGGCACUCCUAAAUAUUUGUGGACAAAAAAGCGAUUCGAACUGAACCCCCGCUGCAAGGAUUAGUGUGAAUAGACUCCUCCUUCUUGAUAUGCAACAGAAUCAGAAAAGUGAUUUGUAAGAUACUAAAAUUGCAUACAUCUUUUUUUUUGUAUCCGCGUGUUAUAUCAAAAUAUAAUAUGAUGUAGUACUGAAAUUUUGCCAAACUUUGUCAAUUUUGUGAUUCGUAAGCAAGUCUGUAACUAUCUCUAUUAAUACGACUCUGCUUACGUAACUGGAGUUAAAUGAAGGAGACGUGUGUUGAUUUAGUUCAACAUUAAACAUGUUAAGAACAUAAGCAUCUUCUUUUCACUUGUUUUCUCCAAAGUAGAAAUUCUGGUGUGUUUGUAAUCUUUGAUGUGAGAUUUUGUUAAGGCUGUCUGUGUGAUUUUGAUCAUUG